AUGGAGAGCUACAAGGAUGUGAUCCUCAGCCAGGCCCCGGCGAUGUACGACAAGAUGGGGAAUUCGGCAGGCAUAUCAAUGGAGAACUACAAGGGGAUCCUGCUCUGCGCUCGCCCGGCGAAUCUUCCGCAUGGUCCUUCCGUGCAGCUGCGCGGUGAGAACGCAUCUGCCGGGCCGUUGCUGACACGAGGCGGGGAGCCCGCCCCCGCGUUUGUUCCGGGUGGCGCGACAGAAACUCAGGCGGGUUUGGGGCCCUCUGUCGAGGAUCGCGCGACAAUGGAGCGGAACCACCGCAAGCAAAUAGAGAACGCCAUAGCCCGACGCAACAGGGCGUUUACCGUGCUGACACGGCACAGACGCUGGCUUCGCAGUUUUGCGGAGCAGGUGCGGAAGAUGAAGGAGGAGGAAAUACAGCGCGAGAUUCAGCUUGCCAGGCGGUCUGAGCAGAACCGCCAACGACAGGCGCAAAAGCGGGCGGAGGCCGUCUCCGGUGGCUUCUCUCCGGUGGCUGAUCCAACGCACACGGCCAGGGAGCAGCAGCAAGAGCAGCAGGAACGGGCUGCCACUGAGGCCGAGCGUGCCGAAGCUGAGAAGAAGAAAAAGAAGGCGGCUUCAAAGAAGAAAAAGCCGAAGUGGGCUCUCACAGAAGACGAGGCGUUAGAGGAUGAAUUGGCAGACGCCGACGAGCUACUGGAUUUUGCAAAGAAGCUCGACUACGAAAAGUUUAUCAACGACUAUGAGGUGGCUGGAGCUCUCGCAAUCAUGCGGGAGCGGGUGGAGGAGAUUGCGCGGGAGAAUAACUGGAGCAAAGAGGUGGUGGAGCGGGCAGCGAGUGAAUCGGUUGCGGAAGAACUUGAGGGCGAGGGUGAUGCAGACGCGGGUGAAGGCAACACUGCGGCGAAGGUAGACGGACCACGCGGGGAUGAUCAGACACCACAGCAGACGGUAUGCACCGCCGCGGCAAGAAAGGCAGCCCCAUGCAACAUUGCCCUUCAUAAGGAAGGAUGGAACAAAUCGACAAGUGUUGGGGGCGUACUGAGACGUGCCAUCUUUCGGGACACUCUUCUGUUAGCCGAGCGCAUUCUUGCCUCCUCUAUGUCCAUGCAGAAAAUUCAUACCAAAUACAGCCUUGCACGUCUCCUGCAGCGGUGUGUGUUAAACGGCGACAAUGCUCUGGAGGCCAUGCAAAAACCCUCCAUGGGUGGCAGCAAAGGAUUAGAUGUGGAGCCGCGUGUCGUGAAAGUGAAUCCUGAGGCAACAAAACAGGAAAGCGGAGGUGGGGACACGGAUUUGGGUUCACAGCGGAUAUUGGUGGCAAUGCAGCGUUCAAAAGAGCGAACUCAGGGCCUGCCGUACUUGUAUCGGUGUCCAGCAAUAUAG